AGCGUCCUCCCCCUGUCGCUGCUUGCACGAAGACAGCUGGUUCGUUGGCGUCUUCCCUCUCGCACAGUGUGUCUCUGUUCACCACGAAUGUGACAACGCUUCUGUGUCGGCUGACCUAUCGUUUAUGGCAGACCUGUACCGCAGGCUACCUUUGUUGUUGCUCGUCGCUCUACUGCUGCUCAUCGUUGUCGUCUUCCACAUUUGUUUCCUCGGUCGCGUUCCUGGAAGGAAACAGAUGCGUCGAACGCCGAAGAAGUCGAGCAAGAUGGAUAAGCUUCAGACGAAGACGACGAUGUCAGUGGAAGGUGGGGGGUCCUCGUGUCAGCGUUGCAACAGUGCGGAAGGGGGCAGGCGGCCGUACGACCCGACGCUGUACAGGCACUUGUCGUCCCACGAGAUUCCAUCGCCUCCGAGUGACGACGACGUCGACGACCCCAGAUCCUCAACGGUUCCUCUGGGCAGCGGUUCGACGCAGGAUUGGAUGGGGAGCCAGCUGUACAGACACGCAUCGACGCCGACGUACAUUGAUUUGCUGGAGGGUCGGACCCCCGCUGGUUACGACGCUGGACUCGUCGAUCUGAACUUCGGUCUGAGGUUUGGGAGUGGCGAGGACCUGACGCACACCGUUGUCGUGAACCCGGCUUCUGCCACCAAACACACAUCGCCUUCCGUGAGGGCGGCUGGCCCUGUGGAUAGUCGUGGAUUCGUUUUGCCGAGGCGGGUGGCUUUGAGUACAGCAAGUGUGGCCGCGUCGAGGACGAAGACAGCUGGAUUGGCAGGCUGCCGAACGACGACGCCAGGCGGUAUAAUCGACAGAGAAGGGGACGACGACGAGCGCGCCACUACAAAGGUCGUCGGUCGUCAGUUUUGGGAUGAUGAACGACAACGAUUGCGUUCCGCGAACACGUCCAGCAUAAUGAGAGGGGUGGCGAGAAUCAAUGUGGGGGCCGAAAACGUAUUUGUGGACUGUGAUGGUGGAGGGGGCGAGGAGAUCGCUGUAGACGACGGCGGUGAUGACAACGAAGAAGACGACAACGACGAGAUGGAGAUUCGUCCAGUAGGGAGGAAGCGCGGAGGGUCGAGGGCGACAACCAAGGUUAGAGAAUCGUGCACGGGGCGGAAAGGCAAGAAGUGCGCCGAAGAAUCGUCGGCAGGUGACGGAACAAAAAGCAGGGAUUUUUGGACAGUGGAGCAUAUGAUCGCUCUUAUCAGAGCCAAAAGAGACCAGGAUUUGCAUCUGGCCGGCCUGGGGCACAACUACGGACGGAUGAAGACGAAGACAUGGAAGUGGGACGACGUGGAGAAGAGGCUCGUGCAGAUGGGGGUGACGGGUAGGAAGGUUGUCGACUGCGGAAAGAAAUGGGACAACCUGUACCAACAGUUCAAAUCCGUGCACAAGUUCAUGGGAGAAUCCGGGAAGCCUAACUUCUUCACACUAACGCCGGGGGAGAGGAGGGAGCGGGGGUUCGACUUUAGGAUGGAUGAGCGCGUGUAUUCGGAGAUGAAGACGAAUCUCAAGGACACGGGUGCGCCAGGAGGUGUUCAAAUGCCUGGCGCACUUGGCGGGCGAAACAAAUCCGGCGGUAGUGACGGAGGGGGGGAUGGUCAGGAUGACGAUCACGGAUCGACGAGACAUUCGUCGUUGUCCGGCGGUGGCGGUGGAGGGGCCGGCAAACGAAAGAAUGGGCGGGCUGUAGUGGACGGCCAGGCCUGUCCAUGGUGUGCUGCGAGACCGCGCACCGUACAAAAGGGGAUUCCGGGAGGCAUUCCGUACCGCUGCCAUUCUAUCGCGAAGGCUCCAAAGGCACCGUCUGUGCAUGGUCUCGUCGUCGCACGCCCAGUCAUCCGCUUCGACGCUACGAUCGACGGGUUUGGGCUCUGCGGGCAUCCACGUCCUCCUGCAUCCACGUCAGCCAAGCGCCGCGUCAUCGGAGUGCUCCUUCGUCCACAGCAGCGAAGCGCCGCAUCAUCAACGUCGUCCGUCGGCAAGGUGCCCGUCAUAGAGCUCCCACCGCUCCUUCAUUCGCGUCAUCCACGUGGCGGACUGCUGGAUAGAUCCACGCUACGAUCGGCGGGUUUGGGCUCCGCGGGCAUCCACGUCCUCCUGCAUCCACAUCAGCCAAGCGUCGCGUCAUCGGAGUGCUCCUUCGUCCACAGCGGCGAAGCGCCGCAUCAUCAACGUCGUCCGUCGGCAAGGUGCCCGUCAUCGAGCUCCCACCGCUCCUUCAUUCGCGUCAUCCACGUGGCGGACUGCUGGACAGAUCCACGCUACGAUCGGCGGGUUUGGGCUCCGCGGGCAUCCACGUCCUCCUGCAUCCACGUCAGCCAAGCGUCGCGUCAUCGGAGUGCUCCUUCGUCCACAGCAGCGAAGCGCCGCAUCAUCAACGUCGUCCAUCGGCAAGGGAAGUUGAAGAGAAACAGCGGAUCGGACGACGGUGGGGAAAGCCAAAAAGGUAGAGGGCACGUGCCGAAGUCGAAAAGGCAGCACUUCGAUGACGAGAGCUCCGAACAUACUGCCGACUUUCAGGCCGAGGAAGUGUCGAUGGUGGAUGCACAAGGGCCGGACGUCAUGAAGCGAUUGGGGAUUGGGCGGGACGGGGUGUCGAGGGGGCAGCUGGCCGCUCUGAAGCAAGGCUUGGUUGGUGGUGUCGCCGUCACGUUGGCACGAACCCCGAAGGCGGCAGGGAUUGUCAUGACGGACGCGCGCGUGGCGAGACAAGUUCCGCCAAUGGUCGGGCAUGGGAAGCCACGUCAGCCACUCCCCGCGCAACAGGCGGGGGCUUCAGGGGUGGAAAAAACACCGUCCGCGCAAAAGGUUGACACGACGGUGGGCGGUAGUCGGACGGAGGCGGCGGAUAACACCACCGGGAGCGGAGUCGCGGAAGCUGCAGAAGAGGGGAGGGUCGAUGACGUCCGCCGCGAUGAUGGGAGGAAGGAUGCCGGGGGGGGGGUGAUGAUGACGACGACCGUCCGGUUUCAGCGAUGGUGAAGAGAGGGGUUAAAGAGGAUGAUCUCAAAGAGAGGUCGAAGUUGUGGAUCG